UAUGAGAUUGAUGACACUCCAAGGAUGAGUGCAGAGCAGCUAAACCUAUGAAAAAGCAACUUCUACAGUCUCUACAUUGACCACCGAAUCUGUCUUAUUGAUUGAUUGAUUGUAUGUAUAUUGAUUUUCUAGUAAACUUGUGUUUUUCUUAAUUGCGGCAUCAGCGCCUGAACUGCCAACAGAGCAUACGGCAGAUUCAACAUUAAUUCCUAAAAAUUAAGAUGUUAAAUAAAUACCUUCCUAUACAUUGAUAGGUUGAUUAUUGAUCAAAUUUUAGACCAGCAAGAAUGAGUUCUAAAACGGGGCGAAGUUUUGCCGAGGCCAGUAAACAAAUUCAAGAAAACCUGAACCGGCAUUUGUCUAAGUACGAAUCCCUGGUUCAGUCCGAUGUUAGUGAUGAGGAUGAAGAUGAAGGAUCAGAUGAACUGGUUGACAAGGUUUUAGCCAACUACUCUUGCUCCGAUCCAUCAGUUCUAAACUCCACCAAGGAGUUGUUAAAAUCUGCUCUGUUCUCCUCGUCUUGUCUAAUAUGUAUAGAAUCUAUUAAAAAGAAUGAAUCUAUCUGGAACUGUGGAACCUGCUAUGUAAGCCUUCAUCUCUCCUGUACCCAGAAAUGGUCCAAGGAUUCGAUAUUUCUUCAGAAGCAGCAUAUGGAGGAGGAUCCAACCUGUAGGAUAGAGUUAAACUGGAGCUGUCCUAACUGUAGAACAGUUUAUCAACCUAGUCAGGUUCCUAGUAGAUACUACUGUUACUGCAACAAGGAGCAAGAUCCUAAGUUUGAUCCCUGGCUUACUCCGCACUCAUGUGGGGAGAAGUGUGGGAAAGGAUUGCAACCGGAGUGUAAACAUAAAUGCAUCCUUCUCUGUCAUCCAGGAGGUGAAUGUCCUCCCUGUCCUCUUAGCCUGGUCCGACACUGUCCGUGUGGUAAAUCUGAUUAUAGGCUGCCGUGCACACAGGCCACACCAACAUGUGGAGAUACUUGUGGGAAAAUAUUAGCUUGUGGAACACAUUACUGUGCUGAGAGAUGUCACCGUGGUAAUUGUCCCUCCUGCCUCCAGAUGAUUACUAAAUCUUGUAAAUGUGGAGCUAAGAGUAAAGAGGUCCAGUGUGCCCGACAGUUUACCUGUGAUGUUAAAUGUAAACGUAUCCGAGACUGUGGGAAGCAUCCUUGUAACAAGAAGUGUUGUGAUGGAGACUGUGCCCCGUGUGAGCAGAUGUGUGGGAAGACCCUCAACUGUAAGAAUCAUAAAUGUUUAUCAAGGUGUCACCAAGGUCCCUGUUAUCCCUGUACCCAGAGAACCCAGGUUGUGUGCAACUGUGGAGAAACCAAGAUCACGGUUCCCUGUGGAAAGGAGAAGAAUACAAAGCCCCCGCGCUGCAAGAAGGUCUGCACAAUGGACACAAAUUGUCAUCACAAAGAGAGGAUAAAACAUCUUUGUCAUCCCGGAGAUUGUCCCCUGUGUAAACAAGUUUGCAACAGGUCCUUGGACUGUUCUCAUUUCUGCACUGUGCCCUGCCAUGAUAAUGUCCAGGUCCAUGUAGAGCAGAAAGGCCGACCAGCAGGUCCCUGGGAGGAUACAGGUCCUGUAUAUCAAACUAAAAAACUGCCCUGUCCACCAUGUACUGCUCCAGUACCGAUUGCUUGCCUGGGAAACCACGAGAUUGCGAACUGGCCGUGUCAUGAAGCCAAACCGUCGUCUUGUGGCCGGAAAUGUGGCCGACAACUUCCCUGUACUAAUCACACCUGUCAACGGGAAUGUCAUAGAGUUCGACAUGCUCCCGACGAUAUAUCUUCAGGGAUUAAUUGCAAAAAGUGUGAUUCUGCUUGCGGUAUAGAUCGACCGGCUGGUUGCAGCCAUCCUUGUAAUCAGGGUUGUCAUCCAGGACCCUGUAAUCCUUGUCCGGUAAACCUCAAGCUCAAAUGUCAUUGUGGGAUUGGAAACCUGUUCAUUAAGUGCUCCGAGUUCUGUGGUUGCGGGGAGAAGGAUAAACAUGAUCUUCUCUGCUGCAAGGACCAGUGCCCGAAGUUGAUGGAGUGCGGGCACAGGUGUCUAAACCUCUGCCACUCCGGAGUCUGCUCUUCACAAAGUCUGUGUAAGAAGAGGGUUAAACUAUCAUGUCCCUGCAAGCGAAGAAAGGAAGAUUUUAGAUGUUUUACCGUGAACUCUGCGGAGAAUCCGGUUCAGUGCGACGAUGAGUGUGAAGAGAUAAAGAAAAAAGAGAUGGAGAAGAAGAACAAAUCUGGAAAAGAUAUGGUUCAAGAGGAUCUUCAUGCAAAGAGAGAAGCGGAAAUAUUUGAAAAACAGCUGGAGGGAGGGAAGAGAAAACGACGAAACAGGAGACGAGGAGAAACAGAAGAGGAAGAAGAAAGUUUUUACGAGAAAAACAAAAUAUAUGUGAUUAGUUUUGUCAUUUUAGUUUCAGUCUUUGUUGGAUAUAGUGCUACGGCCUACAUAUAAGUAAUUACAUAUUGCAUUUUACAGUUUUUGAGCUUACUUCUGUUCGGUGAUAAUAAAUUUGAUUGAAUGUAUAAAUAGUUUGUUCUUUGUUUUACAGA